AUGAAAAAAGAUGGAAAUUUAAAAGACAAAGGAAGAACUAGUUCAUUAUAAACAUCAAUUUAACAAAAUGAAAGCUUAGCUGAGAUAAACAAUGAAAAAUUAUUUACUAGUAUCUAAAGAAGGAGAUAUUUAGUUGAUAUUAAGAAGGUAUUUCUUAUUUCUACACUUAACAAAAGAACUAUAUAAGCUAUUCUUACUUAACUUGAAGUAUUCACAAAAGAAAAGUUCUCUUUUGUUUUCUCAAGAAUUAUUUCAUACUGUAGAAAGUAAGAAUAAACUGAAAUUUCAAAAAAAGCAAUGAAUACUAUACUAAAAAUUCUGAGAAAAAAGAGUGAAAAUAAUAAGAGAAAACCUAAAGAUAUUUAUAUCAACAAAAAAGAAUAUAAUGAGUUUUUAAGAGAAGACCCUUAAAAUGAAGAGCUUGCUCAAAAAGUUUUGAAAUAAAUAUCUUAAGAAAUAUCUGAAUUAGUAGAAAAAACUAAAGGAAUGAAUUAGAAAAUAUCUUAAUAUAAUUCUUAAUUAUCAAAAAUAUUUAAAAUAGUAGAAGAAUUGCUUAAGAUGGAAGAAUUUUCAAAAAUAUCACCUAAAAUAGUUGAAUGGUCGUAAUUACCUAGAUUACCAUAUAUAAAGUUUGAAAUUGAGAAGGUAAGGAAGGAUUUUGUAAAGAUCCAAAAUGAGAAAAUAAUUGAAGAAUAUUAAAUAUUUGAUAAAAAAUUAAAAAUAUUAAUUGGACAAGAAAAAUAUUUAAAUUUACAAACAGGGAAUCUAAUACUAGAUGAAUAAAAUACAGAAUUAAUAAAUUAAAUUCAAUAAUAAAUUAAUGAAUAUUAAAUUGAUAAAGAUAUCGAACUUGGCAAUAUAUAAAAACCAUUAGAAAAAUUAAUUGAAAAAAAAUAAAAAUUAGAUAAAGAAUAUAAAAAUUUGUUUUCAUCAGUAGAUAUCUAACAAAGGUUUUAUUUAAUACCCGAGAUAAUUUAGCGGGUAUAAACAUUCCCGAAAUUGGAUUAAAACUAUUCCAAAAAUAAGAGUAUGUUAUUGAUCAAAUAUUUGCUUUAAAUGGUAUUAUAAACUCUUGAGGUAAAUGAAUUUCAGAACAAAAAUCUUAACAAUAAUAUUUUAAAGUAAGAGAAGCCGUUUAAUGUGUUUAAAUAAUUUCAAAGUAAAGAGUCAAGAGAAGAGGAAUAAUUGAAUUAAUCUCCUUCAGAAUAAUAAAAUCUAAAAAUAAAUUCAGAUGAUCAAAAAUAUUCUUAAUGUCCUAGCAGUAAUAAUGGAACCUAAUAAAUUCAAAUUAUAAACUCUUAAGAUCAAAAUAAAUAUGAUAAUAAGUAGACUACAUAUCAUAGUAAUGAAAAUGAAUUUAAGGUUAAGUUGUAAAUGUAUAAUGAAGAAGAUGUCAUAAUAGUUUAAUAAGGUGAUUAUGAAUCAUAUAUAUAUUGA